AUGGAACUCAGAUCUCGUCCCCAGCAAGACAAAAAGAUGUGCACAAAAGUGUUUUGGGUGGUGUUUCCUCAUGCCUGCUUCAUCUCUUCUUUAGUGAUCUAUGCUUUUCUGGGGGCUGUCAUGUUUUCUCACAUUGAGGGUAACAGAAAUUGCAAUGAAAAUAAAGACUAUAAGGAUUUUAUGCUGAAUCUGUGGAACCUCUCACAAAAUUUUACAGAAAAUAUGACAGAAAACGAGAAGAUAUUUAAGAAAAGAGUCCAUGACCUGCUUAUCAAAGCUAAGUUGGAAUGGUUUGACGAUCCAAAAGAACGAUGGUCUUUCCUUGGGUCUCUCUUUUUCUGCUGUACUGUGUUCACAACAGUGGGUUAUGGCCAUAGCUACCCCGUAACAAAGGUUGGAAAAUAUCUGUGUAUGCUAUAUGCAUUAUUUGGCAUACCUCUGAUGUUCUUGGUUCUGACAGACCUGGGAGACAUCCUUGCAACUAUCUUAUCCAAGUCUUACAAUAAAUUUAGGAAACUUAAUUCAAAAAUGUUAGCCUCUAAACCAGCUAAACUGUGUUCUGGAUGCAUCUGUAAGAAAAACAAUGAGAUAAAAACUGGAUCAUCAUUGCUUAUGCAACACAAAAUAGUCAUCCAGGAACCUUUAAGUAUCACGGAAGUGCUGAAAAGCCAAUCCUCUGUUAAAAGGAAGUCACUGCAAUACCAGAAUGCUGAAAUAUUUGAAAUGCUAAUUGCAAGAGAAAAUCAAUACCUUAUGCCACCAAAAAUUAACAAAUUUGAAAGAUGGAGUUCAUGUCCCGAACUAGACUCAGGGAAGAUGACCUGUGUCAUCGAAAACUUUGGCAAAGAACUCGAAAAGCUAGAUGUGCCCAUCUUGCUAAUGGCACUAAUUGUCUUUGCAUACAUCUCCUGUGCAGCCGCUAUUCUUCCAAACUGGGAAAACCACAUGGAUUUCGAGGAGGCUUUCUAUUUUUGUUUUAUCACCUUGACAACAAUUGGGUUUGGUGAUAUUCACUUGGAACAUCCCAACUUUUUCUUGUUUUUUUCCCUCUAUAUUGUCAUCGGUAUGGAAAUAGUCAUCAUUGCUUUUAAGCUGGGACAAGACCGAUUGAUUGGCUUGUACAAAAAGGUGAUUUCAUAUGUUAGUAAGAAGACGUCACCACAGUAUGAGAAGUAUCCGCGUAAAAAAUAG